AUGCUUAACAACUCUACAACGUUGCCAAGCGAUGACAACAUGUCUACAGCUGCAAACACGGCAGAACUUAUUCAGCGCCUCAAUGAUGAGGUGGCUCGACUGAUGCUCCCUGCCACAAUUUAUAUCGUGAUUUGUAUGGUUCUCGGUUUAAUUGGCAAUGUAAUGGUAUGCUUCUUCUAUGGCUGCAAGACAAAGCGAACUACAAACACAUAUUUCAUUGUGAUACUUGCGCUGUAUGACAUAAUUGUUUGUGCCAUUUCCAUGCCAACAGAAAUCGUCGACAUACAGCUGUAUUAUACUUUCGAAAACAAUGUCGCUUGUAAAAUUCUGCGAUUUGUUAACUACUUUGCUGGAAUUGGGUCAAUUCUUACUCUCGUUGCCAUAGCGACCGAUCGUUUUAAAAAGAUAUGCAGAGCAACGCAUCCUCAGUUGACUUUCAAAAGAACAAGGUUUGUUAGUGUUGGCAUUAUAGGAAUUGCAAUUUUCUUAUCAUGGCCAUCUUUGUUGAUCUAUGGAUCAAUAAAGGUUCCUAUUGACAACAAGUAUGGCCUUGAUCUAUGGGGGUCAGACUGUACCUCAACGAAAGACAAAGCAUACCGGAUAUAUGUGUGGAUGUUUAAUGGAGUUCAUUUCUUACUCUUCAUUAUCUUAUCAAUAACAUUAAUCGUGUUAUACAGCAUUAUCGGAAACAAAAUAUUUAGUCACAAUAAAAAUCUACAAAAACAUCGCCCUUUCCAAAAACAAACGUCAAACAAGGAUGCAGAGAUAUCUUUCACGGACACGCAAACCAGCACGACCGAUGAAAGAGUUAGCAAAGAUUCCAAAGAUUAUUCUGCUUCCAAAUUGGACCGUGGCACUCACGGUAUAAUGAAAAAGCAUGUCGGAACUAAAACUACCGUUACUCCACAAAAGAAUAUAAGCGUGGAAAAGGAAUCUGUGAGGAUUACCAUGGUGAUGAUCAUCGUCACUGUUAUAUUCAUACUAAGUUUCCUCCCUUACCUCUCGUUGACCGUAUGGAGGAUAGUGGAAGGCAAACACGAGGCGUUAUUUCUCUCCGGAGCUGGGUUGGUCGGUUUCAAAAUUGGGUCAAGGUCUUUCCUGCUAAAUAGCAGCCUUAAUCCUUGGAUUUACGGCAUAUUCAACAGGAACUUCAGACGAUUCUUUUUUGGAUGGUGUUGUGAUUGUUUUGCCUACAUUAAGAAGCGUUGUCAGCGACAUUAGAAUUUAGCACUCACUAUAAAUGAUUACUUUCACGUCGAUGUGUUGUAUGCUGCAAUAAACGUUUUUUAAUUGUUAAGUUAAUGACAUAAUUUUCAUAAAAUGAAUCGCGAAAGUUGCGCACAGAAUCAAAUGUACUAUUUAUACCCGGAACCCAAAUGGGGAUCCAGCUUAAGUUUCAUACAACCUCAUGUAUAACGCUAUUGCGGUCGUCCAAUGUCCAACGUGCGCUGUCAACCACAACUUUAAGUGCCACAUACUAUAUUUAUACGGCUUUGCCUAUUUCAACCAAACUCCAUAGGAAUCAUUAUGAUCAUUAACUUGUCCUCGUUUGAACUUGUUCGGUGAAAAGCGUUCCAUGAUUAUUGCUCUGGCGGCCUUGAAAACAGAAAUUAAACAUCUUUAAAAUGUCAAUAUUAACUUUGCUUUAAACAUAUUUAUUUCAUGAAUAUAUACAGAUGAAAACAUAUAUUUCAUUCUAAAUAUUUAAGAAUUUGAUUGGAAGGUAAAGCUUAUAAAGAUCAUCUUCUUCUGUAGAAAGCAGUUAGUUAUAUUUAUUUGGUUGUCUUUUUAAGGAUAAGUGCAUUUAUAGAUAUUUCAAAGCAUGUCGUACAUGUUUAUGUCGUAAUGUUGAUUAAAUAUUGAUUUUGAAAUAGAGGGAUUAGCUACUUUACACAUAGUGUUUAAGCUUAAUAUCAUUAUAACAAAACAUGACCGUCAGUGCGUGUUUCUUAUUUCCCGCGACUUAGCUUUGUUUAGCACUUAAUAUAAUAUUAUCAUGCCGGCAGUUAAACAAUAAACAAGGAGCGUUUCUAUUACAUUUAUUCAUGUAACGUUGAUGGUAUCGUAAAUUAAGUUCCUUACCACUAUUUACAUACAUGAGAGAAAACGUUAUGAAAUAUUUGUAUUUAACUUAUUUAUGUUGUUGCUGUAUAUGCCUUUUCGACAUUAAGUAUUUUUUCAAUUGUUUUAUUUUUGUAAUGUGUAUGUAUUGAAACACUUGAAAAUACCAUUUGAUAUAUGUAUUUGUCCACAUGGGGUUUAUCAUUCUAAAAAGUUUUAAUAGCGGAACUAUUCGGCUAAGUAGCUGAUUCUUGGCCAUUCCCCAGGGACGGUUUAUCAUUUAAGAGGGCGCUGUGGUUUUAUUGUUAUUACCGCUGUUACGUGUAUAUUAUCUUGAAGGACUUCGGACAUCUAUUUAAAUUUGCCGCUCAUCAUUGUGAAAAAUCA